AAUAAUUGAACUAUAUUGGUAGUAAAUAAUGGUCAUUUUAAUAGAUCAGGAAGUAUUCUGUAGGUCUGAGUAUAAAAUGUUUGAAAAAUAAUCUGUGAAUAUAUAAAAGUAGUAAAGGAACAUGCCCCCUUUUUAGCACAGCAGAAGAGAUGCUGUGUUUUAAGAGAAGCUUAAUCUGGAAACAACAUGUACCCUGAAGAUGCUGUAUCCUUGCACAGGAGGUCAUCUUACAGGAACACAGAAAUGGUGAAAGUGCAACUUUACCUCUGCACUGCUUCAAGGUCAAUUAAUGGAGAGAUAAUAUCCAGCUGCAUGCUCAGUCUUAAAUUGUAUGAAAAAUUCAGUUGAGAGUUGUAACUGGAGGAGGGAAAUGUAAUUAAUGCUAAUAUAAAAAUCAAGUAUUUAUGAAAUAUUAGGCUGAAAUAUACACAAAACCAUUCAUAAUUCAGGAAAUAGGGAUAUAGAAAUAGAGAAAUUAAGUUGUGUCUUCAGGAAGCAUUCUUUUGGAUAUCUGUAAAAUGUAGUGCUUGGCAAAUCUGUGCAUAGUUGCAAAUAAAAAAAAAAUCACUGGCUAAUAAGAAUAUACUGAACCAAUAUAAAUAUAUUUUUGGAGCUUGUACAUUUAUAAGAAAACUUGCACGUGUGCAACAUUCUGUUGCUGGAUCCUUUUUGGCAGCAAUUCUUAUGUCCUGUGAGUUUUCCUGUAUCAUCCUGAGCUAUGGUACGGUGUAAGUUGCCCAUCAGUUCUUUACACAUCCCACAAGUCCACAGUCUUGAAAUGGAGACGUGUCAAAUUGUAGAACACAUACAAACAAUAUAUCUCAAAGAACAGUAGGUUUAUGAGCAAAUGAAAUGGACUCUAAACAGAAAGAUUUGUAUUUUGAAACAGAAGGUUGAUCUGUCUUAAACCCCAAAUGUUGAUUUGGCCCACAGCAAGAACCAUUCAGCAGCAUAUUAGUGUAGGGUGAGACUUGUAGGAAAAAGAGGUCCUGCUGCUCCCACUUCACUGAUCCUGUUAAGUAAGCUACAUUCUGCUUUUGCUGCUACUAUUACUUCAGAGAAAUCUGGUUAGUGUGUGAGAUAAUAUUUCUACUGGGCUGCUGUACACCUGCAGUACCAAAGGUGGGGGACUGCCUUGCUGGGCUCUGCAGUGCUUUAGGUGUUUCAUCCAAAGGACCUGUAGGUGAAGCCUUUUGCAGCAAAGUAAGAAUGCAUUGCUGUUACACUUUGAUGAGUGAAAGGGAAUGUAAAACUUAGGCUGCCAUCUUAAUUUGUCUAGGCUACAGUGGCUGCAGUCACGUGGGACUAAGUUAGAUCAGUUCAAGUCAAUGGUUUAAGGGGUGUUAGCCAAGCCUCUGCCACAAAUGCCAAGUUCUGGAAGUGCUGGUCAAACUCUGGGGUAGCUUUUGCAAGUUUUGUGGAAAUGAGAACUGAUCCCCUAUGCAGGUGUGACACUACCUGACAUACAGUGUAGUCAGCCCAAGCAAUUCUAAAAUCUUAAUUCUCUUCCUCUUUAAUCGCUGAUUUACUAAAUGUUGAUGGUAAUGAACUUCAAGUAGACUUUAUUUAUGCUGUCUUUAAUUGAUACUUUAUUUCCUUUAGCUUCUUUUAUGAGAAAGAUUAAAUACCACCAAUGUUUUUCCUGCUUGUAUCAUUCUAUUUCUGUUAUGUUGACUAAAAUCACCUCCUCUCCAAACAAAGUAAUGUUAAUCUUUUAAAUCUCUCCUUGUAUGGAUGACUGUCUCUGGUUUUAAUCUGUUUAUGACAUUCUCUGGUGAUUUUCUGCUUCUGAUAUAUCUUUUUUUAGAUGGAUGCUGUUAGUGAGCACAUCAUUUCUAGAGAGGUCGUGCCACAGAUUUAUGUAAUAGCAUAAUAUUUUAAGUCUGCAUUGAAAAGAGAUGGUGAUGAGCUCUUUUCUUUUGUUUAUGCUGUCCCUUAAACUGGUGAUAAUAGUUGCUAUGUCUUUUCACUUUCAAAUUUCAUUGGUAAGUAGUAGUAAAAAUCUUUAUCUAGAAGAUAUUGUCAGUGUUUUCUGGUGGUCAUCCUAAUUUACGUCUGGGGAUUGGAGACCCUUCCAUGCAAGGUGAUGUGUUUAGUUGGCAGUGGCCAUUUUCAGGUCUGUCACACCACCUUUGAAAGCUGUUCUUACUCAAGUUAUUUAGCUGGAGUCUGAUUUUCCCUUUUUUCCUCCCCCCUCUCUCCAUCUUCCCCAAACUGACCCCUUGAGAGCUAUGAAAAAGAGGUGGAAAGGUGCAUUCCGGUCCGUGUAACAUUAGAAUGGGUAGAGUCGACUGGUAAAUAGUUUGGCAUAUACAUCUAAGAUACAAAACAGUGUGAGGGAAAGUGCUCUGCAAGUGCAGCCAAAUGUAUAUACAAUAAAUAUGCCCAAACAUUAGAAGAAAUACAUUAAACAUGAAGAGACUGAAGUUUCAAACUGGAUUGCAAGUUAUGCAACAUUCUACAGAUGUGUAGUGUGGAUGUAGGUUGACAGAAUUUCAGUUCCUCAUAGAUCAGCUUUCAGCUUUUAGGGGAGUUCCAUAGUUGCAUGGCAUUGGGUAAAUGGUAUAAGAGCUUUUUGCCUACUGAGAUUAUCUUAAUGUUCUUGAAUCAUCAAUUUUAGAAUAAUGAUAAUGGUAUGAGGAUGCUAAUAAAACCAGGUAACUUUAUAAAAUUCUACUUCCAUGACCUUGGGCAUGCUUCGGGAGAGAAGGGGAUGAGAUGAGAAAUUGAACUCCACAUAAAAAAAGCUGUAACUGUUUGGACACAAGAAUGCAGAUGAACACUGCUCAUUUGAAUCUAUGUUAUUAUUUUUAUUUUUUUAAAAUAUAGCUGUAUCUGAACCUUCUUUUAUUGCUAAAAGUGAAGAUCGUUUGUUUAAGCAUUUAUUUGAAGACUAUCAAAGAUGGGUACGUCCAGUGGAACGCUUGAAUGACACAAUAAAAAUCAAGUUUGGCCUUGCAAUCUCUCAGCUAGUAGAUGUGGAUGAGAAAAAUCAAUUGAUGACAACAAAUGUAUGGUUGAAACAGGAAUGGAUAGAUGUAAAAUUAAGGUGGAAUCCUGAAGACUAUGCUGGAAUAACAUCUAUCCGUGUCCCGUCAGAAUCUAUUUGGAUUCCAGAUAUUGUGCUGUAUGACAAUGCAGAUGGGCGUUUUGAGGGAACAUCUACAAAAACUGUGGUAAAAUAUGAUGGCACCAUUGCUUGGACUCCACCAGCAAACUACAAAAGUUCUUACUAUUGAUGUAACAUUUGUACUAUUGAUGUAACAUUCUUUCCCUUUGACCUUCAAAAUUGCUCAAUGAAAUUUGGUUCCUGGACUUAUGAUGGCUCACAGGUUGAUCUAAUUAUUGAAGAUUAUGAUGUUGACAAAAGAGAUUUUUUUGAUAAUGGAGAAUGGGAAAUAGUGACUGCGACAGGGAGCAAAGGCAAUAGGACUGAUGGAUGCUGCUGGUAUCCUUUUGUUACAUAUUCAUUUAUAAUUAGACGUUUGCCACUUUUUUACACAUUGUUUCUAAUUAUUCCUUGUAUUGGGCUUUCAUUUUUAACUGUCCUUGUCUUCUAUCUUCCUUCAAAUGAAGGUGAAAAAAUUUCACUCUGCACUUCAGUACUGGUAUCUUUGACUGUUUUUCUUCUGGUUAUUGAAGAAAUUAUUCCAUCAUCUUCUAAAGUUAUCCCGCUCAUAGGAGAGUACUUGGUGUUUACUAUGAUCUUUGUGACCUUAUCCAUUGUGAUCACUGUCUUUGCUAUCAAUAUCCACCACCGCUCCUCGUCCACACACAAUGCCAUGGCACCUUGGGUUCGCAGGAUAUUUCUGCACAAGCUGCCCAAGCUGCUUUGCAUGAGAAGCCAUGUUGAUAGGUACUUUGCUCAGAAGGAGGAAACAGCAAAUACGAAUGUAUCAGAAUCAUCCAGGAACACCUUGGAAGCAGCUCUGGAUUCCAUCCGCUAUAUUACGAGGCACGUUAUGAAGGAGAAUGAAGUUCGCGAGGUUGUUGAAGACUGGAAAUACAUAGCUCAGGUGCUUGAUCGAAUGUUCUUGUGGGCUUUUCUUCUGGUUUCAAUAAUUGGAUCACUUGUAUUAUUUAUUCCUGUUAUUCAUAAAUGGGCAAGUAUAAUAGUACCUACACAUAUAGGCAGUACAAAUGCAUAAAAUAUCUUUGGGGCCAUGUCCUGCUGAUCUGGCUCUAAGUUUUGCAGUAGCUCUGUUUCCAUGCACGUUCUUUGUAGGUGUGUUUCUGAUAGAGUGAAAAAAAAAUUCCAAAACUAGAAAAUUAGGUUUAUCUUAAAGCAUGGCAUUCCCAGGACACAUAAAAGUCCAUUUGCUUAUUACCAGUCUACUGAGUUACUGCUAAGCCAACUCAGAAUUAAAAGAACCUUCUCAAGCCAUGGCAUGUAUGAUUUAUCAAAAAAGCAUACACUGACACCUACUGUGAUAUAGAAGGAUUUCAAUUUUUUAAUGAUGAUCACUGUAGUCCAAUUAUUUAAUUACUAGAUAAAUUGUUAUACUGAAUAUUAAAUAUUUGCAGUUGCACAGUAGAGUUGCUUAUUUCAAUUUAGUAUAUAAAGGAGAAUUUUUAUAAGUUCUCUUCAGUGUGUUGUAGAAGUCUGAAAUUUCACCAGAGUAAUUUAAAAUAAUAAUAAAAAUACAAGUUAAACUUCCUGUAUUUAUAAUAUACAACUAAGAACAGCAAUUUGGCCAUGUCUGGCCUUUAUAAAUUUUCACUGGAAUUUGCUGCUUAAUUUUAAAGCUUGUUAAUUCUGUGAUACCAACAUGAGCAUUUAAUAAGCCUUAAAAUGCCUAAAGCACGUGUGUAUAUUGAUGUCUCCAUCAACUUUGGAGAGGAAGGUGAAGACAAAGGCAAUUAACUAAGUUCCCAAAGUGCAUAAGUAUUCUAAGGGGUUGGAACAUUCAGAUUUCUUUACCCUUGAUGAAGAAUUGCAGACAUGUUCAUUAUUUGCUGUCUUUGGGUGUUACUCAGAAUUAAGAAUUUAAGCACAGGCAGAAGGAAUUUGUGGAGUGUCUUUCUGAAGGAAAUGGGUUAUAAAUCAUUAUGGUGUGGAACCAAAUGGAGAUGAUUAAUGAUUUUCACAUUUCUUAAACUGAAUUUAAGAGAGCUACCUUGGGUUAGUUCUUUCACUUAUAAAACCAUAUGUAACUCUAAACACCAAGGACUUAGAAUUUUCAAUAUUUUCUUUUGAAAAUAUCAUUGAAAACAAACUUAGAAUUUUUCACUUAUUCCAUUAAAAUAUGUCAUUUACAUUGAUUCCAAUGCUACCUUUCUUCCUUUCUUAAUAGCUUAAUUUCUGGAAAAGACUCUAAAAUAGUUGGGUGUUUUCCUACACUAAAGUUUUUUCAGUAUUGUUCAUAAUAAAUUUCAUCCUGUAGGCCUAAUAGAGGAGUGCCAGGCUAGAGGAAAUCUUAGGAAGUUUUUGUUUGCUUAAAUUACCACAUGAAUAAUAACACGUUUAGGUGAGAAGCUUAAAUGUAAACUGUGGUGGCUUCAAUAAUUUAAAGUUUUUAUAGUGAUUAUGAAUUUGAACAACAGAUAGAUAUUUCUCCCACACCCCCUCCCAGAUCUCCUUUAGAAUAGCCCUGCACUGAUUAUAAUAGUGAUUACUUAUGAUAUAAUUUAUAUAUAAUUAAAUAUUUAUUUCAAAAUGUUUUAAUCUGCAAGAUAUUCUUGUUUUUUUUAUUUUCAUAGCUUUUAAAGGUAUGGAAAUGAUACCAGGCAGGCCUUUUGGCUUUUUUUCCUUUUUUUUAAAUUAGCAGUUAGGGAGUCACUCUUCUUCAGUUACACAAUUACAUCAGACAUUAGAUACAUGUUUCCUCUAUUCCCAUCAUAGCUUUAAAGGUUAAUUAGUAAAGAUUGUCUGGUUUAAUUCAUUAAUAUAAGACCUUUUAACUUCUCAUUAUUACUGAGGUUAAACAAUGCAUCAAUGACUUUCUAUGUGUUCAAGUUGCAGAAGUACUUCAGAUAGCUUGUUUCCUCUUCAAAUACAACAUUUCUUUUUAAAGUCUUCCAUAGGUUUGAAUUACUGAAAUUUACCUGAAGAGAAAGCAAAGUGAGUACAACUGUAGAUUAGAUAUAUAUAUAUUUUUUUUUUUUUUUAACUCUCCAUUUCAUCUCUUUCUCCUUGUUAAAUGAUGUCUCCAGGCUGCCCAGUUGCAUCAUGAUGGACAGCACAUUGCCCAGUGGAGUCACUCUAUUAUAGUAACUCACAGUUUUUUCAAAUGCAUGAAUUUCUUUUAGUGACUUCUAGUCUGAUCAUGAUAGAUUCAGAUAACAUAGCUGACACUGGAAUCCUUGGGGUCUUUUGCUUAUCAGGUGUAUCUGAAACAAAAUAAUGUUAAUAUACUCAGAAGCAUGGAUUUUUACUUCUGUAACUUACUGCUGAAUGUAUUGAACUGUAAGUAAUGAUACCAUAUAGUAUUCUGUCACUUGCUCAAAAUAAAUUUAAAAAAAAGG